GUCUCUCUCACUCACGUUCUCUCCCUCCUCCUCUUCCUCUCUCCAUCCCUCUCGUCUCCACUUUCUCUCUCUCUCUCUCUCUCACAAACUCUUACUGUCUGCCGGGGCUGAGUGAAGUUUUGCUGUGUUUGCCAGACGACCAUGGCGCAAAACGCCACGGGCGGUGCUGUGAAGGCUUUACAAUUGGAACUGAAGAAAAUCCAAGAGGAACCGGUCGAAGGAUUUCGAGUAAAUUUGACGAACGAUGACAAUUUAUUUGUGUGGGAGGUGGCGAUUUUCGGUCCCCCCAGUACCUUGUAUGAAGGGGGUUAUUUCAAGGCACACAUGAAGUUUCCUUCAGAUUAUCCAUAUUCUCCUCCUAGUGUUCAGUUUAAAUCAAGAAUGUGGCACCCAAAUGUUUAUGAGAAUGGAGAUGUUUGCAUAUCUAUAUUACAUCCCCCUGUUGAUGAUCCACAGAGCGGUGAGUUACCUUCUGAAAGAUGGAAUCCUACACAGAACGUCCGAACAAUUCUCCUAAGUAUAAUUUCCUUAUUGAAUGAACCGAACACAUAUUCCCCAGCCAAUGUAGAUGCUUCAGUGAUGUAUCGCAAAUGGAGAGACUCAAGAGGACGAGAUAAAGAAUAUGAAAAUAUUAUCAGGAAACAAGUUCAAGCAACAAUAGCCGAUGCGGAGAAGGACGGUGUGACAGUGCCGACCACCCUCCAGGAAUACUGCGUAAGCGGCCGUCCCAAACAGACUGAGAGCCACACCGACUUAGACUAUUACGACGACGACGUCUUUCUUGACGAUGACGAUGACGACCAUGCUGACGGUGAUGAUGAUGAUUGUUGUUCAGGCUUAGUUAAAACAGGAAGUGUUUUUGACUCUCAAGCAAGAAUCCCAGAACUGAUCAAUGAAAGGGAAGAAGUUGAUCUGUUCAAAGCAGAACUCUCCUCUGAAUGCUUGCAGCAGAGGAGACCCCUAAGGACUCCUGUUUAA